AUGUCGAACACUACUUACCCUCUAAGAUCAGAGGGUGGUCAUCCACUCUCUAAGAACUUGAAAAACAUCUGGCAGAGACGUGUGUGGAAGAAGGCUAUGAUGAUCUGUCUCCAAAAACCCGUCAGCAACCCCUCGAGCCACAGACUCAUUAAUUUAUGCUUUUUGCCCAGUAAAAUCACGGAAAGCAUCUUCUUCACCCACCUAAACAAGCAGGAAAAUUUUUUAGAUCCUGACAUUCUGCUGCUAGCUUUCCUAGAUGCACAGCAGGCCUUUAAUAGAGUUAAGCACGAGGACCUCCUUUACAAGCUUAUUAAACUAGGUUUUCUGCAUUACCUCAGCGGUAAGGUCAAGUCUUAUCUCUCAGACAGAUUCAUCUGCGUAAAAUCCGGCAACUCCCUCCAAGACCCCAAGCCAAUAACUCCCGAAGUCCCCAAAGGAUCCAAACUCACACCCACCUUCUUCAACAUAUUUUUCCAUGGCAUGCCCCAGUGUGAAGACAUCAACACACCUAAGAACGCAGUGGACAAAGAUAAUUUCUGCAUAACAAACGUAGAACAAAUAGUUACAGCCCAUAUAAAGCCACCUAAUGGAGUGCACCACUUGGCUACCGACGUUGGAAGUAUCAUCACCGUUUAG